AACUCGUUUAGCCCCAUUUGCUUCCCAUCGUCUUCAACACCUCCCAUGUCGAUCAUCCCACCCUUUGGUCCACGACGAACCAGUCCUUUUCCUUUCAAUUUUAGGGAUCCUUUCAAGUACUCUCCUUUCCAAAAUACCUUCUUCGGCGCCGGCCAUGGAGCUCUAUUUCCGGGCGGCGAAGGCUCAGAACUUACCCGCCCACACAUCGACUGGGAGGAGACGCCGGAGGCUCACGUUUUUAAGGUGGAUCUGCCGGGGCUGAGGAAGGAGGAGGUGAGGGUGCAGGUGGAGGGGGACAGGGUCCUGAAGAUUAGCGGCGAGAGGGCGCUGGAGAUGGUGGAUUGGGACGAUAGGUGGCACCGCGUGGAGCGGCGGAGCGGCCAGUUCCUGAGGAGGUUCCGGCUGCCGGAGGAUGCUAGGGUCGAUCAGGUGAAGGCCACCAUGCACGAUGGGGUGCUUGUGGUUACGAUUCCUAAGGGGGAGGUGAAGAAGUCUCGCGUCAAGACUGUUCACUUUAUCUGAAUCCGCCAUUGCUGUGCCUUACUCUAUUAAUUAGCAAUAAUCUAGCAUAUCAAAAGAUACCCGGGCUGGGGAGAGUUGUUGAGAGCAGAGAGUUAUUGGAUUAAUAAAUAAACAUUCUUUGGUCUUUUCUCUCCAUUUUUUCUUCUA